AUGGGCUUUUUGAAACUUGUCCCUCUUAUGACUGUUGUACUUGCAAGUACUGGCAGAUCUUGGGGCACCACUCUGGACUCGAGCAACCUCGUUGCGCGGGUUGACCUCAGAAAUGCCGUUGGUACUGAGCACAUCGUGCAGCCUCGUUACAUUGAAGCUUCUACCACUGUUCGUGCUGAAGAAGGGGACAGUACUAUGGGAAAUAAAGGCCAUAUAUUAAGGGGAGAACGCGACCAGAGGUACAAUCUUCUCCAGAGAAGCCCUAGGGCCUCUAAGAGCCUCAGGGCUACACUUAGAGCUGUCUCGCAGCCCAAGACCAAGAUCACCACGAAGCCGAAGCCGAAGCUUGCUUUGAAGCCCCAGCCCAAGCUCGGAAAGGCUGUUGCUAAGCCCAAGGCCCUCAAUCCUGCUACAAACCCCAAGCAUGGCAUCUCCAAGGCCGGGUUGAAGCAUAAACCCAAGGCUCAGAACACCUCUGCUAAGCCAAAGCCCAAGGCUCAUAGUGCCGCUGCUAGACACAAACCAAAGGCCUCUGCAGCUUCAGCACCGCCUAAGCAUAGGAACACGAAAGCUUCUGGGAUCCAAAAGCAUAAGAAUCAUCAUGCUCCUAGCAAGCACAAGCCCAAAGUUCAGAAUUUCGCUGCCAAGCCCAGGCCCAAGGUUCAGACCACCGCGACCAAACAAAAGCCAAAGGCUCCUAAGACUUCAGCACCGCCUAAGCAUAAGAGCAUGAAAGCUUCUAGACUUCAAAAGCAUAAGAAUCAUCAUGAUCCAAGCAAGCACAGGGCCAAAGUUCAGAAUUCCGCUGCCAAACACAAGCCAAAGGUUUCCAAGGCUUCAGUUCCGCAGAAGCAUAAGAGUGCCAAGGCCUUUGGUAAGAACAAGCCUAAAGCUCAUGAAGUUGCAGCAAAGCACCGUAACAAAGCCCAUAAGAUUCCUUCCAAGAAAACGACCAAGGCCGCACACCACCGCAAACCUAAGACUCACAAGGUCGUUGCCAAGCACAAAGUUAAGGCUCACAAGGCUGUUACAGCACGGCCUAAACAUCAGCCCGGCAAACACUCUGCGAACAAUGGGUCCAAGUCCACUAAACAGCACAAGACAAAGAAGGUCGCUCCAGCGCCCCAACGCAAAGUUUCCAAAGCCACCAAGCCGAAUCAACAUAAGAAGCCUAAAGCUGCGGCUGGUGGGAAGGGUCCCAUCUGUCGGCGAGGGCCCGGCGAAAGCUGUGGCACCCAGCGUUCCGCAAGCCCGGAUAGAGCAUCGACUUCCAACUCGGAAGGCGGGGUAGUUGAUCUUAAAGAUGUGAGCACUGUCGGACAAGUCCUCCUUACAGGCGACAGUUCUCAAAACAGGCGCACGGGCGCCGACAUGGAUGAUAUAUCACCAUCUACGUAUAACUAUCUAAGCCGAGUUGGGGACUUGCAUGCUAAUACAGCUCUCCAAGGUCGACUUGGAUAUAAAGGCGUGCCCGGCCCUGGUGCAAUUGUCAGCAGUAAUCCUCCUUCGUCGCAUUCCAGUUCUAGUUCGCAGUCGGGUAGUCCGCAUGUCAAUGCACAAACUCCUUCUUCCAAUAACAAUCAAGCAUCCUCUGAUGUCAAGCCUAGUACGCCAGGUGCUAGUUCUUCGAAACCCAAACAGGGUACGACAACAGCUGGUGGCGUUAAAGGAGAUGGGGGAGUGAAGGGGAAGACUUGGUAUGACGAGGAUUCUGAGGAGGAUUUGACUCGCUAUAAUUCGGGGUCUAGUUCGGAGUAG